AUGGCAACCGAAGUCAAAAACUCCCAAUCCACGAUCCUGAGAACCGCAGGGCCACGAGGACUCGAUGCCUCAGUCAUGAUCAAAAAUCUCGUGCCAGAGUCUGAACAACAACGAGUUCCAGGACCUCAGGAUCCUGUGCGGCUCUCCCAGAAUGCAACGACCGCUCAUAUCUUGACAAUUCGAUGGACGGCCGACUCGGGAUGGGAAGCACCUCAGAUCAGCCCCUACAGCAAGAUUGCCCUUGAACCCACGGCGAGCGUGUUGCACUAUGCCACCGAGUCAUUUGAAGGCAUGAAAGCGUACCGAGGCUACGAUGGUAAACUGCGUCUCUUUCGACCCCGACUCAACUGUGAACGCAUGAGGAUCUCGAACGACCGAGUAUGCCUCCCGGAUUUCGACUCAGUCGAGCUAUUGAGCGUCAUCACCACAUUUCUGGCUCUUGAAUGUCCGCGCUGGCUCCCCGAUCCGGGGUCGAAUCUUUAUGUUCGACCGACAAUGAUCGGAAGUGGAUCCGCCCUUGGAAUCCAGAGACCAAGGGAGGCCCUGUUCUUCCUGUUCGCGGCUUUAUUUCCUCAGAGCAGCAGUGCGAAGGUCUCUCCAGGAAUCAAGUUGCUUGCCAGCGAUCCUGAACAGAUCCGAGCGUGGCCCGGUGGGUUUGGAUAUGCAAAGGUCGGUGCAAACUACGGUCCGGCCAUGACCGCCCAAGCCCAAGCUCGUGAAGCAGGCUGUAGUCAGACAUUAUGGCUGUUCGGGGAAGACAAGCUGGUCACCGAAGCUGGAGCCAGCAACUUCUUCGUGAUCUGGCGAGCCAAAACAUCUAACGAGAUUGAACUUGUCACGAGCUCCCUCGAUACGAAAGUCAUAUUGGAUGGAAUCACUCGAAGGAGCGUCUUGGCGCUGGCGAGGGAGAGAUUGACAGCCAGUGCUGACCCGGACGUGCUGGGGGACCUCAAACCUCUGAAAGUGGUCGAAAGAGCAUUCACCGUGGCGGAGAUGCUCGAUGUGAGUGUCGAGGGAAGACUUAUCGAGGCGUUUGUUUCUGGUACAGCGAUGUUCAUCUCUCCAGUGGCCAUGAUUCGCCAUAAACAGCAAGACAUUGAGUUUCCCAUGCAGGUGACAGAAACAGGGCUGGAGGCUCCCGUGUCCCAUUACUCGUCACGUCUCAAAGGCUGGUUGGAGGAUAUCAUAUAUGGAAAAGUCGACCACCCCUGGGCGUAUGUAAUCGAGGAGAAGGUCAGUUAG